UGCUGCUGCUGCUGUGACAUAUGGGCUGAAAGUUUGCAUAGAGGAAGUUUUGAUUUGAAGUUAGAACACAGAAGUAGAGAUAUCGAAACAGCAUGCUGAGAGGGAUUUGCCUCUUCCUGCCUCUCGUGGCUCUCAGUGGACUGCUCGGUGGACAACUUCACACAGAGCUGACGGGGGUCCUGGACGACUGCUUCUGUGACGUUGAAAGCAUCGACGUCUUCAACAACUUCAAGAUCUACCCUCGAAUCAAGAGGCUGACGGAGAAAGACUACUUCAGAUACUACAGAGUGAACUUGAAGCGACCGUGUCCUUUCUGGCCGAACGACGGACACUGUGCCAUCAAAGACUGCCAUGUGGAGCCCUGUCCAGAGAGCCAGAUCCCAGUGGGCAUCAAGUCUGGGAACUACAACAAGGUGAGACUGAGAAGAUAA